ACACAGCUAUAGAAAUGCCGCCGAGGAAGUCUCCGCGGAAUCCCACGCAAGAGCCCCAGCUCCCUAAGAGUCCGGUCAUUCAGGGGCAGGGGCUCGAUGAGACACAGAGCCCUUUACAGCAAUCUCCUACGACAGAAACUGAGGAGACCGAUGACGGGCCAGAUCGGGCGAAGGGAGCGCCGUCGAAUCGAUCUCCUAUCCGGCCACCCAGUCCUCCUCUGGUCCCCGAUCUCCCCGGAGCCGAACCAACCGGAGAAGAGCCGUCGGGACGGUUGGCCAUAUAUCCUCCGAAGAGCCAGACACGUGCGGCCCAGUUUCCCAAGUCAACCAUGUUUACGGACGAGCGCACGGAGAAUCAAGAACUCAUGCCCCAUCAGACGGAGGAUCCUAUGCAGCAGGAACAUCUACAGGAUGAGGAAAACAGACUACGCGGCUGGUCCCGAGCCAGGUCCCGCAGCAAGUCACCUUCGUUUCGGAGUCCGAUUUCCCAGAACCGCCGAACUCGGCGUUCUCCGAUCGCUCCCCCAAGGCUCCCUACUCAGGUUCCCAGUCCUCCGGGAGACGAAACAGCUAGCGAGUCUUUGAGGCGAUCCCAAAUCUAUCCUCCGCAGAACCAGACACAAGAGUUUCUGCCCCGCGCGAGGUUUUCAUCCCUACAGACACAGGAGCGUUCGCUUAGUCAGCAAGAACCUCCUACGGUGCUUAGUCGGACACAACAGGACCUUAUACAAGAGCCUUUGCCUUCUCUAGCAACAGAGCACCCGCCUCAGGCUGAUAGUAGCACCACUAACCGCCUGGUUAGGAAGACACCCUCGGAGCCUAAUGCGGUGUCUAGCCCUUUGCGAACCGAACGCUCCCCAUCUAAUAGGGGCAAAAGACGGAAGCUAUCCCAAGAUGCAGCUAUUUACUCGGACCAAUCACUCGUCGAACCGCGCAAAGAAGGCUCUAUGGAACCACAGAACGGAAUGGGCAAAAGAAAGGCAAUCCAGAAUGCCGCGGUAACAACAGAUAUCAAGCCGUUGGGACGCACGAGAAGGGCCGGCCCUCUACAAGACGCGGCCGAUCUCGCUUUGUUGGGAUUGCUCGAGUUCCCUGAGUAUAAGGCACCUUCCAACACGCGGUUAAGGCGUCCGCCAAUCCGCCCUCCUGAGACUUCCUCCGGAUUCAGGGUUCCUAGUUCAUCCUCCACCGAAGAAAGCCCCAGGGGACGACAACCAAAGCGAUCUCCCCCCCUGGGGACUUCCUCCGGAUUCAGGGUUCCUAGUUUAUCCUCCUCCGAAGACAGCCCUAGGGAGGGACAGCCAAGGCAAUCUCCAACCCACCUUCCAGGGGCCUAUCCAUCUUCCGAAGGAAGUCCUAGGGAAGAACAGCUGAGGCGAUCCUCCCCCCUUACGCGUUCUCCUAUUCUCCCACCAGCUAGCAUUGCUAGACAAAAAGACCCCGUGCACGCGGGGUUUCCAAAACCUCCCCAGAGGACCACAAGCGAGACGAUGAUGUUCGAGGCUUUCUCGGAAUCUAGGUUGAGAUUCCCUCAAGGAAAGGACUGGAGCGAUAUCGAGAUGGAGUAGGAAGAGCUUUAGGUUUCCAGUAAUGUCUCCCAUCGGUUUCUCGGCCCAGUUUCUUCAAGCUACUCUCUCGAUCACUCCACACCAACUUCAAUCACAAGUGUCACAGCAACAAGUGUCACAGCAAGCAGGUAGUUUCUUCCUUUUGCAAGCAAGAUAGCUAACCUUCAGUCUGCUAGUUCGGGCAAUCAUCAUAACAACGUAUCCGGCUCGCAAUCGAAGCUAUUUGCACCAAAAAAGUCUCCAGCGAAAAGAGAAAGCGGUUAGAUGGUCCGAUAUAUCGCGGUCUACCUUGCGUUGAAUGAAGGGC